AGUCUCUUCUGUACCUGAUCCGUGGUAUAAGAAGCGAUAGCUCGAUUGUUAUGUCAGAAAGUUGUAUUUCUUGACAUAUGCAGUAAUGUUAUUAAGAACGAUGUAAAUAUUACAAUGCAAAUGCAAGGAAUGAAAUUUGUUAAUUAUUUCUUCGUUCUUGUUUCCCUGAAUGUUAAAGUAUCAAAUGGAAUUGACGGAGGACAUUCGUUUACGUUUAAAACAAGAGGAUCCUUUAUCGAUACAAGUAUUGGCUCAGAUGUAUUUUUUGAAAUUAUACAUCCCCCUGAAUUGGAGUACACGUAUAAACUGAGACCUGCUAGAGAUUUUGGAGCUCCUUUUAAUGCAAGUUUCUUGGAAGAAAGAAUUCCUUUGGUUCCAACUGAUCCUCCUCAUGGAUGCCAGAUAGCAAAAAAUGCCAAGGAAUUAAAGGGUAGAAUAGCAUUGGUUGAAAGAGGGGACUGUAGCUUUUUUGCUAAAAGUUUAAUGGCAGAAGAGGCUGGAGCAAAAGCUGUAAUUAUUGCAGAUUAUCAUUCUUCUGCCAUAGAAGAAUCCAGUACAAGUCCACUAUGGGCAGAAUAUUAUUAUGUAGACAUGAUACGCGACGAUACUAUCCCGACGUCAAAAACAGUAAACAUUCCUGCUGGAUUUUUGCUCGGUAAGAAUGGUAAAAUGAUCCGGCAAACUUUACAACGUUUGAAUCAACCUUUUGCCUUAAUCAACAUCCCAGUGAAUUUAACUUACGCUUCUUUAGAUAAGUUGCAUCAACCACCAUGGUUGUUUUGGUGAUUUUCGAUAGAAUUUUAUGU